CGUAUGGAAAUAAGUCGUGAAAAUCGGGAUUUUUCUUAAUUUGUGCGCCAUAAAAUACGUCCAGAUUAUUCUAAAUAAUGCACAACAUGUCCUUUCAAUGUCAGCAUUUGGCAAAUGUUUUAAAGUGACGCCCAAAGUGUAAAAUAGGCAAGGAGUUCGACGUCUUUCGAUUUUCCACCCGAGCGUGCGUGUGUGUGUCUAUGCUUUUUCAGCACACUCUGUGUGCAGGUGUAGUCUAUUUAGCACAAAUGUCGCAUUAAGUAAGCAGCAAAAUUGCAUUUUCGAAAAUUUCCGCCUGUAGUUGGACGUGGACGUGUUUUGGACUCGCUCUACCACCCGUGGAUAACAGAGACGCAAAGAUAGACGCCGUGUGGGGUUGGGCUUCCGCCCCGCUGCGUUUAGCGGCGAAUAGAAUGGGCGAUCCUUUGUUGCCGGGCUCCACCGGCGUUGGUAAUGGCUCGGGAGGUGGCGGCACAGGCGCAAACACUGGACUCGGUGGCGCCGGUGGGGUCGAUCGGCCACCAUCGCCAGCACGUCUUUCCCAUACGUCCGAAAAACAUCCGAAGGUGACGCUCUCCGAACUAAAUAUGCUUCGUCGUCAUCGAGAGCUCUGUGAUGUGGUGCUCAAUGUUGGCGGACGGAAGAUCUUUGCCCACCGUGUCAUACUCUCAGCUUGCAGUCCAUAUUUUCGCGCCAUGUUUACAGGCGAGCUAGAAGAGUCCCGCCAAACAGAGGUCACCAUACGGGACAUAGAUGAAAAUGCCAUGGAGCUGCUAAUUGACUUUUGCUACACGGCACACAUUAUUGUGGAGGAAUCCAAUGUCCAGACACUAUUGCCCGCCGCUUGUCUGCUGCAGCUGGUGGAGAUUCAAGACAUUUGCUGUGAGUUUCUAAAGCGGCAGCUCGAUCCAACCAAUUGUCUUGGCAUACGGGCUUUUGCCGACACGCACUCCUGUCGCGAACUUCUACGGAUAGCAGACAAAUUCACGCAGCACAACUUUCAAGAGGUCAUGGAAAGUGAGGAGUUCUUGUUGCUGCCCGUUGGCCAGCUAGUUGACAUCAUAUGCAGCGAUGAGCUGAAUGCCCGCUCUGAGGAGCAGGUUUUCAACGCGGUGAUGUCUUGGUUAAAGUACAAUGUUGGUGAUCGAAGGCAGCAUUUGGCUCAGGUUCUUCAACAUGUGCGCUUGCCUUUGCUCUCACCCAAAUUUCUCGUCGGUACUGUGGGGUCAGAUCUCCUAGUACGCUCCGACGAGGCCUGUCGCGAUUUGGUCGAUGAGGCCAAGAACUAUUUGCUGCUUCCACAGGAACGUCCAUUAAUGCAAGGUCCACGCACACGUCCACGUAAGCCCACUCGUCGCGGCGAGGUGCUUUUUGCUGUUGGCGGCUGGUGCUCGGGCGACGCUAUUGCUUCCGUUGAACGCUUCGAUCCGCAAACAAAUGACUGGAAAAUGGUUGCUCCUAUGAGCAAGCGACGUUGUGGUGUUGGCGUGGCAGUUCUGAAUGAUCUUCUCUAUGCCGUCGGUGGUCAUGAUGGUCAAAGCUAUUUAAAUAGCAUUGAACGCUAUGAUCCACAAACCAACCAAUGGUCCUGCGAUGUAGCGCCAACAACAUCAUGUCGAACUAGUGUUGGCGUGGCCGUGCUGGAUGGCUUCCUCUACGCCGUGGGUGGCCAGGAUGGAGUUCAGUGCUUAAAUCAUGUAGAACGCUACGAUCCCAAGGAAAACAAAUGGUCUAAGGUGGCACCAAUGACCACACGCCGAUUGGGUGUUGCAGUUGCCGUGCUCGGUGGGUAUCUCUAUGCCAUUGGAGGCUCAGAUGGCCAGUGUCCGCUCAAUACGGUGGAGCGUUACGAUCCUAGACAAAACAAAUGGGUUGCUGUAAAUCCAAUGUCCACGCGCCGCAAGCAUUUGGGCUGUGCCGUUUUUAAUAAUUUCAUCUAUGCUGUCGGCGGACGCGAUGAUUGCAUGGAGCUUUCCUCAGCUGAACGGUAUAAUCCGCAAACAAACACUUGGAGUCCUAUUGUAGCCAUGACUUCACGACGUAGUGGGGUCGGCUUGGCUGUGGUCAAUGGGCAGCUGUAUGCAGUAGGAGGCUUUGAUGGAUCAGCCUACUUGAAGACUAUUGAGGUUUAUGAUCCCGAAACGAAUCAAUGGCGCCUGUGCGGAUGCAUGAACUACAGGCGGCUGGGGGGUGGCGUUGGUGUUAUGCGCGCCCCGCAGACUGAGAAUUACAUGUGGAUACGCAAAGAUUCAGUCGUUUGAUGGGAGCCGCCGCCGCCGUCAACGUUGCACAUGCAAACGCUGCCGCCGCCGCAUUUUUACUAAAACUCAAAAUCAGCAAAAGAAAAACAAUUCUGCAAAACAAAGUCUUAACAACAAAACGAAGCCAAAUUGUGGGCUGCUAUUGCCAGCGGUUAGAAAUUAACUUAAUUUAAGUAAUUUAAUUUAACAGAACUCCUAAAAAUGUUUGUUAAUUAGUCAUGUUACGUGUCGUGGUGUUCUCUUAACCAUUUAUGCAGAGUUCAAUGGAUCAGAUAGUGUAUACAUACGAAACAUCCAUGCAUAUUUGCAUAUGUUUAAUUUAUUGCAAUUAUCAUAAGAGCACCGGUAGUUAGAUAAGAUGUAUCCAAAAACCACGCGUUCAUAUUAAGUACUACGUGUGUAAAAAAAACUUAUUGUUGGUUAAAUUUCGUAGAAAUUUCUAACUGUCCUUGCCUUUCUCGAAAUUGUAUGUAAAAAAUCAAAUGAAUUCUAUAACUAUCAAUAAAACAGCAGUGCUAUAAUUUAAAUGAUACGCACGUGCAUAACUUGUUAAAGUGUCUAAAUAAAAAGUAUUAAGCAAAUAACA